AUGUUUUCACCUCCUAUGCCUCUUCCGUUACCUGAUACCAGUUCACUUUCGUUGUUCAAAAGUCCUCCGUCUAUGACUUCUCGAAUACAUAAUGAUCUCUUAAAUAUUCCGUCUUCUACCGGUUUUGAUGAAUAUGAUAAUUUAAAAAGUGCUGAAAAAAGUGCUGAAAGGAUGGAUAUAUCUACCGCGCCUCCUAGUCCUGUUAAUUGUUCUGUUUCUAUCGAACGAAGAGUUAAUUCCGCUGAUAUUUUACGUGUUCGUCGAAAUAGUGAUAGGAGUUCAUUGUCUUUUAAUACAAAAAAACAUACUGAUUGGUUAAAAACUAUCUUAUCCCGUCUUCAAUUUGUCUUUUUGAAACGGAACGAUCAAAAAUCUGAUAAAAUUCCUGAGGAUGAUUCUAUCAAUGUAUCGGCUUCUUCAAGAUCAAGUACAAGUGUUGAUACCGUUCGUGUUGUUGCCCGUGAUAAUUCUUUAGUUGAUCAUGAUAAGGAUGUGAUUACUCCUACUUUAGAUGUUAAUAAGUCUGAGGUUAAUUCUAAUAUUAGUCUCUCUCAACAAAAUGUUUGUCAACAAAAUACUUGUCAACAAGAUAUUUGUCAACAAGACAUUUGUGAUGCUGUUAUUCCAAAGUCUUUGGAUCAUCAUUAUGAAGAUUCUACUUUAAAAGUUUCUUCGGAAAGUUCUUUAUUCGAAGUUUGUGCUCAAACUCCUAGGCAUUUCUCAAAAGAACCAGAAGUAUUGGGUAAAGUUGGACGAUUUACUAUUGUUAGAGAAAGUGAAGAUUUUAAUACUACAAUGUUUGAUCAAUGUCAUUGUCAUGAAAAGCCCUGUCGUUUCUCUGCGAAUGGUGGUGUUCAUCCUGUAUUACCUCCUGAAGCUUUACCGGAUUUAGUACCUCAUCAUUCACAAUUUCAUCAUUCACAAUUUUACCCUGUUAAUACUUACAAUUCUCCUCCAAUAAGAAUUCCUGUUCAUAGUAAUUCUGUGAAUUUGGCUUCUUAUAAACUUUCUUCUCAACAAAAAUAUGGUACUCAAUUGAAACAUUAUUCUUGGGAUUCGGUUGCUCCUUAUCGUCCUGGUGUCUCUCAAAGUUCAUCUUUAUAUACUCAUCAAUCAUCUGCUGCAACUUCAAGAAGUUCUUUAUCUCCUUUGAAAUAUUCUAGUGAUUCUACAAGU